UUAUAAUACUACAUUUGUUUGAACAUGGGCCAUAUCCGUUUUUGUUUGUUUAUGCAUACCUUGACGACUUGUUUUACGAGAGUAAAAUACCUAUUUCAUAUAAGACUUGUUUUUACUCUACCAAUAAACUAUUGUUGUGCAGUGAACCGUUAAAAACCUGCAGUAUUCCCCCCGGUGGAACAUCACCGUCUACAUGUUACGGUCGGUGAUAACGCGGCAAAAGGAUCACAUUCUCGUCCUUCUCUGAAAUAGCCUCUGCUCAUUUUUAACAGCUUUUAUCAAGGAUGAGACACUAAAUGUCACAAUAAAGAGUCAAAAUGUCCUGUACUUCGCCCGCAGGGCUCAAUUCUUCCUUGGCGGCGUCCCUGUCUCUAUCGCUAUCCUGUUAGGUCAUGGAAGAGUCAAAUAGCUGAGCAGAUAGACCUCCUCCGUGGCUGCCAUUAAAUCAGUGUAAGGAGAGAUUCAGCUCUGACCUUUAGAGCAGAAACCUGGGUCGUCUCCACUGGCGUCAGUCUAUUUUUCAUCUCUAUAUGCGAGGCGCUUUCACAUCCAGCUCACACUGCUCCUUCACAAUCAGCUCUGUCAGACCAAAGUCACUGCAAUGUCCCCUCAGGUGUUGCCACAGAGAAUCAUCUGCCUCCAUCUCACCCUAUCCCGGCCUCUUCUGUUGACAUCCACCAUCCAUUUUCCACUUCUCUCCAUUCCUGACACAAAAGACUCGUGGUGAGAAGGAUCUCAGGAAUUCAUCCCACCGCUGACUAAGUAUUGAUAAGUCUACAGCUUCAAAGGUGAAAGUAAUAAAUGUGCAUUUUUGGCCGUGGGUUCACUCUGGACACCGACACAGCUGAGCGCUAACCUCUGCCACUUCCCCACAAUUAUGCUUUCGCUCGUCAGGUGGGACUGGCUGCAGCUCCGUCUGUGGUCCAGGACGGACCAGCCCGGCACCUACAUGGUUAACAUCUGGAACAUCUGGAUCCAAGUAACCAACCAGGUCAUGUGACAAAGAGGAAGUCAGUGUUGCGGAAACCAGACUCUGUGUUUACAGAAGUUGGGAACUCUCGGGUGGCAAACGUCAAACAGGCGUUGAAACAUGCUGCAGCUCUUCAUCUUCAGUCUGUUCACAUGGAUCCCAGCCUUCCUCUGCGGGGUGACGACAGUGAAAGAUGUUGCUGUUCUGGAAGGGCGCUCCCUCAAAAUCCCGUGUCACUACGAGCCUCAGUACGCCGGCUAUGUAAAGUACUGGUGCCAGGGCCGCACCAGAGAGUUCUGCACCAGUCUGGCCCGAACUGAUGAAACCAGUGAGGCCAAGGACAAAAUCAGCAUUUUUGAUGACCCGGUCCAGCUGGUGUUCACGGUGACCCUGAACGGCCUGAAGGAGGCAGACUCAGGGUGGUACAUGUGCGGCGUGGAGAUCGGUGGCUUCUGGAAUGCUGAUGCUGUGGCAUUUACCAACAUCAAGGUCAUUCAUGGUAUGUCAACAUUGAACAGCCAACUCAGUGGGGAGGAAGGCAGUCGUGUCACGGCUGAAUGUCUCUACAGUGAGAGAUACAGAGACAGCGUGAAGAAGUGGUGUCGGAGCGGAGACUGGAGCUCCUGUCUGGUGACAGACUCUGAAGGAAUCUACGAGGACACUUCAGUCGCCAUCAGCGAUGACAGAACUGGGGCUUUCACUGUAACCUUAAAGAAGCUGCAGAUGAGAGAUGGUGGCUGGUACUGGUGUUCUGCAGGACAGCAGAAGAUCGCCGUGCAGGUGUCGGUCACGCCGCGACCCACGACCACAGCGGUGGCAGCGGCGUCUGUUACACCAACACCAGGUUCAUCUGUUGCACACCUGCCUCCACCCAAGGCCAUCUCCAAGGAGUCCUGGAACAGUUACGGUCACAUUUUGGAGUCUUUGACGGUGUGUUCUGCUCUAAUUGCCCUGGUGGGACUGGUCAUACUGGGGAGGAAGAUGUGGAAAAUACGCAAACAAGAUCCGAUGCGGAGACGAGCAGAGAUGAAGGCCAGCUACAAUGGAUAUUCAAAUGAUGUAUGUGACCUGCAGGACUCUGCUGUCGUUCUUCUUAACAAGGAUUCUCAGGACACACACACGCACGGUGUUCCAGUGUGAGGACAAACACACUCGGCCGCUGUGUCCUCUCAUGAAUCACACACAUUACCCUGUUGAACACAAGUAAGACGGUUUCUGCUCCAUUACUUCCCACAUGCAGCUGGUGAGUCUGCAGCUCCUGGAAUGAACCACUGGUUCAUAAGAAACAAGUCCAUUAUAUCAGCACAGUGUGAUCACUGAUUUAAUGUUUUAAUUAGAAAAGUCUGUUUAUUGGACCAGAGUAACGUCGGCUUUUGGUGAAUAAUUAUGGAUUAUGACACGAAUUAUUAUAAUCUGAUGUCAUUCAUUAUGUUUGCCCUUUACUGCAUUUAAUGUAGGUCAGGUUAAUAUAAGGUCACCAAAAUACUGCAACAUAGUGGAAAAAAACACCCAACUAAAACUUAAUACAUUAAUACUGUAGAAUCCUGUUGAACCAAAAGCCUCAGAUCAUUCAUUAAAUCACCCAAUUAGCACUGAGACCAUAAGAUUGUAGUUACUAGUUGUGAUAAGACAGGAGCUAGGUCUUCACCAAUCAUAGAGGCUCUGAGUUUUAUUCAUUAUUUAUUUAAAUGCAAUACAGUGGAAUUCGGUUUUCGAACUUAAUUCGUUCCUGAAGGCCGAUUCGCGAGCCGAAAAAUUCGAUAUCUGAAACAACAAUGUCAAAUGGAUGAAUUCAUUCCUGGACCCCGGGUGACUGCUUAUUACAAGUUCAUACACAAAACCAAUGAAAAUAAUUAUAUCUAACAUAAUGAGAUAAACACAAAUGAAUAAAGAAUAAAGCUAUAAAUAGGAAAGGCAUGUUGUGGUGCGGAUUAGACUCGUAUCUCGGGGGUUCACUGUAGUUUUCUUUCCGCCUUUCCUCCUUCACUAGAAAAAAUAGUGGCAACAUCGGUGUUAAUGUGUACUUCCGGUGCGCGGGCUUUCCCUUAGUGACCACUUCCUGUCCGCCUGAUGUUGUUAGCUUGUUCGGCAACCGAGUGAUGGGACUACAACCAGAACACUUUUUUGGUUAAAAAUUUUUGUUCGUGAACCGGACUGUUCAAAAAGAAGGCGUUCGACGACCGACGUUUCACGAUAGUUGUCACCGCAGCGAAAGACAGGUCAGUUUAAAACCAGUUAAUUAAACUCGCUACCUUUUACUGCUACUUCCUUCUCUGUUGAAAAUGUCCAGACAUGUGUUCAGUUUUUAUUUCUAAGUUUUUUUUUCGUUUUUAAAGCUGUUUUUCCUUUCAACUGUCCAUGUUCUCUCAUAUUAAACAACUAAACAUA